UUGUUGCUUCUCGGGUUAGGCUGAGGCUGGAUUGGUCGAGGUAGAAGGAGCUGGGGCUGGGUUGGACCGGGGUCCUACUGAGUGAAAGUUGGGCUGCGUCGGAUUUGAGCUCGGCUGGGGCAAAGCCGGAUCGCACUUGGCCGUACUGGGGCCGUUCUGACCGACAAUAUAAUUACGGCACCCCUUAAGCUUUGGACUAGAUCGGGCCAGGUCUCUGGUUGGAUAUCCCGGGCUGGGCCGCAUCCAGUAGGGGUUAAGCGAUCGUGCUCGUGCAGCGGGAAGGUUUUGGGGCCGUCUCGAAUCGGGGUUUUGUGUCGGGUUGGCCCUAGGAGCGGGAUUGAACCGGGCUUGGCUGGGCCGGGUGGCAUCCACAUCGUCAACCCCGCCUCCUCGGGCCCAGGCUGGGUCUCACCAGGGCGACUCGUAGCGAGGAGAGGGUGGCUCCUGGCAGACUGUGAGAGGACGGAAUUCUGCGAGCUUGCAACCACGCCACCGCCGCCACCAUGUCGGCAGAGGUGCUGCUGAGGAGGAGCCUGCUGGGCGGGCGCAUGUUUGCUGGGGGUCUGAACCCCCGUGGACCCGGGGGACAAGGGGACACCGGUCUGCACCGGACCCCUGCGUGGGCCGGCUGGCAGCGCCCCCUCCACCGUGACGUGGACCCCACCCGGACUCCCGCAGGGGUCGAGGAGGAAACCACCACUACCACGGGCCCGAGGGCUAGUGGCUCCAAAUCCCGUCCCUCUAAGACCACACCCAACCAGCUGCACAAUGAGGCGAGGGAGAGGACCGUCCCGUCCACGCGCAUCGCACGCCUCGCCAACUUCGGCGGCCUGGCUGUGGGUCUGGGGAUCGGGGCUCUCACUGACUACGCCAAGAAGCAUCUGGGAUCUAGCACUAAAUCACAAGAGAAGAAGGGCCAGUGGGACUCGAGUCCGCUGCUGUCGGAGGCGAACGCCGAGCGUAUCGUCAAGACGCUGUGCAAGGUGCGCGGCGCCGCCCUCAAGCUUGGCCAGAUCCUCAGCAUCCAAGACGAUGGCUUCAUCAACCCGCAGCUCAAGAAGAUCUUUGACCGCGUGCGGCAGAACGCCGACUUCAUGCCCACGUGGCAGAUGAAGAAAGUGCUGGAGAGCGAGUUUGGGCCUGGCUGGAAGAACCACGUGGCCUCGUUUGAGGAGCGUCCAUUUGCGGCCGCCUCCAUUGGGCAGGUCCACCAGGCCACGCUCACAAACGGCACCCGGGUGGCCAUUAAGAUCCAGUACCCGGGCGUCGCCAAGAGCAUCAAGAGUGACAUCAACAACCUCAUGACGAUGCUGAGGGUGAGCAACGUGCUGCCCGAAGGGCUCUUCGCGGAGAACGUGGUGGAGGUGCUGGGCAAGGAGCUCGCUUGGGAGUGCGACUACGAGCGCGAGGCGCGGUGCUGCAAGCGCUUCCGGGAGCUGCUGAAGGACGACCCCUAUUUCACCGUUCCACGUGUGGUGGAGCAGCUCAGCAGCGCGCGUGUCCUUACCACGGAGAUGGUGCCCGGGGUUCCCCUCGAUAACACGGAGGACCUGCCCCAGCACGAGAAAAACAAGAUCUCAGAAAACAUCCUGCGGCUGUGUCUGCGGGAGCUGUUUGAGUUCCGCUUCAUGCAGACCGACCCCAACUGGUCCAACUUCAUGUACGACCCGGAGACGUGCAAGGUGGCACUGCUCGACUUCGGGGCGAGCCGUGAAUACGAAGUGCAGUUCACGGACGACUACAUCGAGGUGGUGCGGGCAGCCGCCCUGGAUGACCGCGAUCGGGUCCUAAAGAAGCUGCAGGAUCUCAAGUACCUGACGGGAUAUGAGACCCAGCCGGUGGCGCGCAUGCACGUGGAGGCAGUGAUGAUCCUGGGCGAGGCGUUUGCGAAGGACGAGCCCUUCGAGUUCGGCACGCAGAACACGACGAUGCGCGUCUACAACCUCAUGCCAUCUAUGCUGCAGCACCGCCUCUCCCCGCCGCCCGAGGAGAGCUACUCUCUGCACCGCAAAAUGUCGGGCGCCUUCCUCAUCUGUGUCAAGCUCGGCUCCACCUUCCCCUGCAAGCACCUCUUUGAUGAGGUGUACAGCAACUACUGGCAGCUGCGGAGAAAAGAGGGCUGGGUGCCGGGGCCCGACCACCCCCUUGCGUAGAUGACCCGGCGGUUGUGACCCCGUGACCCCUUCCUGAUGCUGGCUCGGUGGUGUGAGGUCGUGGCAGACGAGGGGCGACGAUGGCGGGGGGGGGGGGGGGCGGCUGUCUUCAGAGCAGAAUCUCCUUGUAGCAGUAUUAGACAUGAGCGUCUAGCUGUCAGUGCGGUUACACGAGCGUAAACUCAAUUUGUAUCCAAAGCGUCGGCGACUUGGCACGGGUGUUACACGUUCAGUGUUGACGUUUCGUUGCUUCGUUUUGCUGUGCGCAGCUAGUGCGGAGUGCCUCGACGCUGUGAUUGGCCACCGAACCAUCGGGGCGUGCGUGUGCACGUGUGUGCGAGCAUGUGGGUGUGUGCAGGAAGUGCCCUCCGUGGUGUGUCAGCCACGAGCAGGGCCUUAUGGGUAGCCGAGUCGUUUACCACACCGCCAGCCUUUAAAAGCUGUAUGCAGAUUGGCGUUUGCCUCGUUUCUUUCCUGCUGCCGUUGGCGAGUCUGCGCCGAGUCGUCAGUGUCGCUUCCCCGUUUGCUGUGUGUGACGAUAGUCGUUUUGAAUAUUUUUUUUUCGGUCAAGCUUUCUCGUUACUCCAAGAAUUUAUAUUCUGCGAUCGAUUUGAGUGAACGCCUUAAGUCCGGUAGGCUGACGCUAACCCCCACCCCCCCCUAUUGGGUUUUGUCGCGAGGAUGUAAGAGGAGCCAUCGUCAGGGUUGGGCAUGAAUGUAGAGCGAAGACGCACAAUUGUCUAGGGCAGCGGUGUGUCGCUGCCACGUGCCUUGUGCUGCGUGAGAGCGUGUGGCCCCACCACCUUGUUCAGUGUUACUGUGCCGUGUCUGUGUGUGGUGGUGGUGAUGUCGUGGUGAAUGCGCUGUGCCACAAUCCCCAGUGGAUCUCCUUCCAAUUCUUGAGCCUGCACAGCAUUGUCAUUUAGGUGUUCGAAUCGGGCCUGUGACUUCUCUAGGUCGAGUCUGCCUAAAUUAAAUGUAAGGCUUUUGCAGCGGUGUCACGACUGCAGCAUCGGGGGCUCUGAGAUGGGCAUCGUGAUCAACGCACUGUCGUCUUAUGUGCCGUGCUGACCAUAUUAGAGGGGCUCACUAAUAGCACUUGCCCAAACGGUGUGUUUGUGGCUUAUUAAAAAAAAAUGCCUUCACUGUGUUUGCCGGGUAAUGCUGAGCAGUCUUGGAUUGGAUGCCUUGGCAAUAGGAACUCUUUUUGGCCUGCCAGAUGCUAGUGCGAUGCUCUCUCGUACGUGUCCCCGUGUACCCGGUGUCGUCUUUUUUUCCAUGUACGAUUACCAGAAAGUCAAUACCUGCUGCCGCGAUCUAAAUGUUCCAGCUACCAGCCAGUUCUUAUCAAGGGAGGAAUGCAUUGAAUGCAGCAGGGUGACGAGUGGGUCUGCAUUGGGUGCUGCUCUGACCGGGCUGACCUCUCACUGCGGUCGUCAGUAGAAACUGGGGCGGCCAAAAUGAAUGCAAAGUUUAACCACUCCACUCGCUGGCAGUCGCGCGAUGUACAUUUUUGGCACACUGUAAAAAAAAUACUUGCGCAUUGGCUGCAAGUGCCCUCAGCUACAAUUAAGGGUUGGCUUUACCGAGUCGUCUUUGCCAGUGACCAAUUGCAACCAGGUGGUUUGGAACAUGCGCCUAUUCGGAGCGAGUGGUGAUCUGGACCAUUGGCCUAUUAUGAGCGAGUCGUGACCACGUAGCCUACACAUUGGGCAAUCGUGAACGGGUAAACUCCACCAACAACCAAUGGCUACGUUUAUAAAUGCCCCUACUAAGGGAGGUGUGCCAAGAUUUUUCAGUGCCAAAUUUUUUCAUUCACCAACCUGCAAAAGAGCCUCUGUUGUGUCACCCCCAUAACGGGGAACUUGAUAAUAAAAAGUAAAACAAGUACUAACAUUGGCAAAGUUCGUGCUCUGCUGGUGCUGCACAUUGCUGGAGUUUUGUCGCAGGGCUGAAGUUGGAGGAUGCAGCAAUGCCAACGAUCGUUUCUUAUUGAAUUGGCUUCGUUAAGCUGAUCGUAUUAUUGGUUUAAGAAUAUUAACGCUCUAUUUUUGUAAUCUCUGAACGUCUAUAAAUUGUAAGUGGCAGGUGGCGCGAUGGCGAAUGCAAGCGGUGAGAGCCAAUUACAAUUCAUGCCUUUUACAAAGGAGAUAAUGUACAAUUGUGACGGUGAAUCCAAUGGAGAACUGCCUGGUAGGAAUCCAGCAAGACCUCGCCGAAUUAGAUAUACUUAGCAGAGGGUCCUGUCUGUGUCUGUUUGACUCGUUAUUGGGAGAAAUCCUGAGAGCCCGAAGAAUACUUUUUGCAAUACGAAGGGAUAAGAUAGCACUUAAUCCCAACAACCGGUGUCCAUGGCCUGUCUAAACACUUCCUUACUGUACUAGUUCUCAUACAGGCAGAUCAUUUAUAUUAUCUGGGUGAAAGCUUCUCGAGGUGGAGCACUUUGUGGUAAGGCAGACCCGUUGGGUGGGUUAGAGGCUCUCGGUAACCAGGCGAGAGUCCUUUUUGAGAUGUGCGUGCGUCCUAUUCCUCACAUACUAAGUGUACGCAUCACGUGUGCUGUUCAUCAGUUUAUUAAAGACUGACACUGAUCGUGAACUUG